UAACUGUUCUUCUCUCAAAUUUCGUCUUGGUGUGCGGUUCUCAGAUUUUAAGAAAUUUGAUUUCUUUUUUUUUUGAGCAGUUCAUUUACGAUAAUAACUCAGAAUGACUUCGUUCAGCUCGCCAGAUAUUUUGAUGCCACUCGACGACUAUUACGAGCAGUGUGUUAUACCUAAACCGAAUAUUCCUAAACAUUAUGGAUUCCAUGUAGAAAAGAGACAACGACAAGCGGCUCGUUUGCAAUCUUAUAAGGAAAACCCGGAUGAUGAAGACGAGCUUGAAGAUGAGGAGGAAGAACAGAUGGAAGAGCUAAAUUCUUCCAUAGAGGAUUCCAAUAGGAAUCAAAUUUCGUUUGAAAUUAAUGACUUCAAUAAGAUUUAUGAAGAAGCUGAAUCGCAAAAUUCCACAAAUAAUGCAGCUAUAGAGCCAAAAACGGAAAUUCCGGCUUCUUCGGCGCAGUGGCGCAUAACACCAAUUAAUGUGAAUCGUCCCCAAGGAGCUGCACCUUUGGUUCCGAUGGAUGCUCCGCGUGAUAACCCAAAAACUUUAGGCUACCGCUAUCAUAAUAGAAAGCAUAUGAAACGUCGCAAUUAUCGCUUCAACAGUAACAAUAACAACAGUCAGCAAAAUAACAACACGAAUACAUUUAAUCGUAACAAUUCUGUACACAGCCGUCUAGGCCACAUUCCGAACCGUAAUCAACAGCGUGGUAAAAAAUGGAUUCAUGGAUUCAAAAACAAACCAGAAAAUAACCGCAACAACAAUAAUAAUAAAAAUUACAAUAACAAUAACAAUACCAAAAAUAAUAAUACCAACAAUAAUAAUCAGCAAGAGCAGAAGGUAUUAAUGAAUAUCGAUGGCCAUUUUCCAAAUACUCGCUCGCAGCUUAUUGUGAGCUCCUCAUUAAAUUCGAAUCCAUUUGCUAGCUCAGGCAAUAAUCUGAACAACAAUUGUUUUCAAUCUUAUCAACAACAAGCCAACGCCAAUUGGCAAUUGGGCUCCAAUUCGUUAACUGCACUUAUAAACUCAGCUAAUCAAAUUCGUCCUUCCGUUGAUCAAGCAUCGGGAAUGCAAAAUAUUAAUAAUAAUAAUAAUAUGGCCAAUAAUAAAAAUAAUACUCUAAUGAAUAAUAACUAUUUGCCUAUUAAUAAUAACAAUAUGAAUAAUAAUAAUAUAAUUAAUAAUAACAAUAUGGCUGACAAUAAUAUAAAUAAUAUGGCCAAUAUUAAUAAUAAUAUUGCAAAUCGUUUGGGUUCAAGAAUAGGAACCAAUUCCAAUAUAUUGCAACAGUCUAACAACGGCCUAUUUGGAAAUGGAAUGAACCAGGUAAACCGCAACCAACAUGGUUGCAGUAUUGCUUCGGAUUCACUACGUCUGGCAGAUCUUAUGAAUUUGGAUGCGAAUAGCUGCAUUAAUUUAAAUGUGGCCGAAGUGGCCAGGAAUGCGAUGAUCUUGUUAAGCACUGUUGUUCACAAGCCUAUGUUGGAUGUGGAUGUACAGCAGCAGCUGUCGAAUUUGCAGAACAAAAACAUUGGGCUCGACAAUGAACCAAAUGGAGUCGACAUGAACAUUCGCCCACAAGCCACUGAAUUGCGAAUGUAUCAUCGGUUCAAGUAGACACCUCUUGACUGGCCAAUACCAAUUAUUUGUAUCUUUAAGUAAUUUUGAAAAUGACCGCAUAAGUUUCGUUCCAGGCGAAUGGCUACAAAUGCGCUCAAUGUGAAUAUUGCGUAGGCGUAUGUUUAUAAGAAGAAGAAUGCGGCAACCGUUGUGAAUGUCAAUUUGUUGGCACACAAACACAUAGCCAAAUGACUGAAAGUAAAUGUA